AUGCAGCUUUCCAGGCUCCCUUGGCUUCAAGCGGUCUCGCCCCACCGAAGCCCUCUCAGACUCCGGUCGUUCGCAACACCACUCGCGAGGCCAUUCGAUACGGUUGCCGGCGAAUCGCAACAUUUGCAGAGGUGGAAAGAUCCUGCCGUCGACCGGCGUUUGUACCAAACUCAAGACGAGCGGAUGGGGGAGGAAUCCGCAGAUUCGCCGAAGGAGGAGUUCGAUCGCGAAGAGGAACAGGCCAAGCAAGCGGUGGAGAGCUGCAAGCUGCAAGCAAAGCUGAAAUCCGAAAGCAGGAUCAAAAAGAGAGAAAGGUUCUGGUACUGGCACGCUCACGGCUGGGCAGAUGAAGGCCAUGGGGAUGGAGACUGUGGUCCAGAGCCCUGCUGUGCCAAGGUCAGAUGA